AAUAGGGUAAAAACAUUAGGUCUUUUAAUGGAGUGAGUGGGAAUUGUUUCCACUGCUGUGGUGCUGUACACCCAGGGAUUUAUUUAAAACACAAAUGUCUACAAAACUUUGUAAAAAGACCAAUAGAAUGUCUUUGUUUGCAGUAGUGCACUCCUCGACAUGAUUCAGUUCAGUUUGGUGGACUUAAAAAAAGAAGAAAGUGUAAGAAUCUAAAUACGGUUGUCUUCCCUUUUUACAUUAAGACAGAACAGGAACUGAAAGUCUGAAAUGUUGUGAGUGAACCUGCUGGUUUUAUCUGUGGUUCAAUCAAAUCAUUUGAAUGCAGAGUUAAAGCCUCGGGCUCUGGUGAUGCUAACGCUGAUGAAUAAAAACAAUGAGGAGGAGGAGGCAGAAGAAGCAUUAACAGACUAGCUCCAGUCCCAUGUUCUCUCCUCCAUCACUGUGAUGCGUCAUGGCUCCAGUGCUGAGUGGAGUGUGGUGGGGGCCAGAGGCAGGUAUCGUGGGGUCGGGAGCGGCGGCAGCUACGGGGGUGGCGUCGUGGCUCGGCAGUGAGCAGCUGAUCCUGGUCCUGACUCUGAGCGUCCUCACUGUCCUGCUGCUGGUCUCUGUGCUGCUGCUGCUGUGUGCUAGCUGCCAUGGGCAGAAGAAAGCAAUCAAUGGACAUCCUACAGGAGACCACGACAAUCUCAUGAACGGAGUGUCAGAGAAAGACACCGUCAGCCAAUCAGCAGAGAGCCCAGCCACUGAUGUGGCCGUCAGCAGCUCUCACAACGGUCCUUUAACCAGCGGUACAAUCCUCACAGACACGUUGGACAGUCCGCAGCCCUCAGAGGAGCUGCUCUCCAGCCAAUCAGAGCUCAGGUCCUCCAAGUGUCCUCAGGAUCGUGAGCUUCCUAGCAUCCCUCCCAACAACGCCCUCCUGGGGGACGGCCCCCCAGCCACAGGAGACAGCACCUACGAGGUGGUGAAGGAGAUUGCAGUGGCUUCACGUGACGUCAGUGUUGAAGACUCUCUGUACGAAACGGUGAAGGAGCUCAAAGACCUGCCCCCUGCCGAGCCCGGCCUCUCUAAUGGUACCACCCAGCUGAGCCUGGACCAGGCCAGCCCUCCUCCCCCCGCCCUCCUCAAUGGCCACCUCAGCCCCAGCACACCUGAGCGUCUUCCCCUGUGUGCAGGGGUGGAGUACGCCUCCAUUGACCUCAAUAAGAAGAGCCGCCACAGCGUAGACAUGGAGGCCAAGCGGCGCUCCGAUAACGCUGCCCUGCUUUCCUGUAAGGCUCUGGAGGAACCAGAGGAGGACGAACCUCCUCCGGUACCAAAGAAGGUUCUGGAUGAAAACGACAACCAGUCGGUGCUGAUGAAUGGCCUGGCAGGAGCCGGGCUGCACAAUGGAGAGUUACACUCCCCUCUGUCUCCCGCGCCAGGGUUCGACAACCACGUUCUGUCAAACAAUGAGAGUCCUGUCUACUCCACAGUCAACAAAACAGCAGAUGUCGGCGCUCUACAGGAGGAGGAGAAGGACCAUGAUUACAGCAGCAUCGCUGAGAUCAAAGGUCUGGUCCCCGCCUCCUCCUCCAGUGACCUCUACGCCACCGUCAGAGAUAUCUACGCACAGCCAGACGAACCCCAGUUGAGGGAGAGCACAGAUCCAGGCUACGAAACCAUUCGCAUCCCAAAGACUAACGACUCAGACGGUGACCCCCGGGCCAGGCUGGGAGCAGAGGGGUCAGACGCUGCCAAGACGGAGCCUGACUAUGAGAGCGUGGGCGAGUUGGGCCUGAGCAGGGAAGGUUCUGGUCUCUGAGUGUGCUGAUUUUCUCAUCACUGCAGCCUGUGAUACAUUUUCCAGAUAGCGCUUUAAACCUGCGACCAAGCAUGUUAUCGGUGCAUGACUUGGAGAGAAAAAAACUAAACUAAACAAAACAACAAAAGCAGAGAAUGGCUUAGCACACUGCAUCCAUCAUCAAUGCAAGAGUGUCUUCUCUGCACAGCUCGGGUACGGUCUACUCAUGUAUCACCCAGGGUCAAUGUUAUUGGUACUGGUCGGCCUGCUAGUAAAUGAACUGUAGUACCUCAAUCGCUGGGCAUUACUCAUGUGGAAGAUUGCAAUUGAUCUUCACUGAAUCUGCCUUUUUCAUCUUAGCUGACAGCACAUAUCACUUGACGGUGAGAAGAAGUUUUCCUAUGGUGACAUACGUGUGUUUCAGAGGUUAGCUGAGGACAUGGUCUGUGUUUGUGAUGGUAAAAAACCCCAGUGCCAUAUUCCCAUGAGAUUCCUGCACUUACUGUACAUAUGAAGGCAGCGUUAUUCGUAUUCCUCGUCUGCAGUCGCCAGUGACCUUCUAUCUUUUCCCAGCUGACGCCACUGUGUCAUGUAUUAUUGAGGUGUUGUGCUGUAUUUCCUGGCUUUUCCCUUCACUGUUUGCAUUCUCUGCUUGAAAUUCCUGACAGUGGGGUCUUGGCCGGGGAAAAACAAAAAAAGAGGAAAAGCCAGUCUUAUCAGUGACCACACAGUUGAAGACAAGCUCUGCUGUCAAAGCAUGUUUUUAACUACGACGCCUUACAAUGAGAGUGUAACAAGUCAGGGCUGUAUGGGGGGAGAAGGCGGGAGGUUGGAAGUGGGUUGACGUUUUCUGUGAAGUUAAUAUUUAUUUGAUUUAAAUGUGAAGCGUGAAGUGUAUUUGUGCAAAGAUAUUCAGAGUAUGUCUGUCAGAGAGUGGUGUUUUCUAGCAUUUCUAUCCAGAUACAUUCGUAGUGAAGGUGACUUGUGCAACAACGACAGGUGUGAGGGUACGUUUUCUCCAGAUUUUUGAGCAAAUUGAUUUCUUUAAAAAUACAUGAUUAACCAUAGACUGUAUAUAAGGUGUGGACAGAGCCAGUGUGGUUGCAAGUGUGAAGGUAAUUAAAGGAUUUGAAUCUUACUCUGUAUGAAUGGAAAUUAUUCUUAGACUUUCAUUUAAAGGCAUUUUAAUCCAAAAAAAAAAAACAUCAGAUGGAGUUUGGCUUUUUCUGCCUUAUAUACCAUCUACAUGUAACAACAAAACCAAUAUUACCUUUUUGUCUUUUUUGCCCAUCGGUCACAAAAAAAAAAAAAAAAAA